AUGCAGGCAAUCGAGAUGACGACAGCAAAUUCAAAAGCAAAUAUCUUGGACAUGAUCGAUGCACUACAAAACAUCGCACUCGUGUCUGCAUAUAAUAAUGUUCAUUCGCUUCAGCUCGCAUGUUCACAAGUGACCAUUCCAGAUCUUGAAACCCCAUAUUCCAGUUUCCCCAACACCGAUCAGUCUAUUCACCAAGACCACAUUAGCGCCAUCAUCAAUGAGCGCCAGAAACAAUUGGAUGCAGUUUUGCACGAGAUUUCAGGCAUGGAAACCGUGGUGGAUGGCUUAAAGAAUCUUCAUCAGCAACUCGUUGAAAAGAAGGACAGGAUCACCCAGUCCAUGAACAUGCACAAGAGAUUUGGAUCGGCUCUCUGGCGCUUGCCAACUGAAGUCCUGUCCCAAAUUUUUUACCACUGUCUUCCCAAAGACCGCAUCCUCUGGUUUUCUCCAUCAAGCCGAGAAGCUCCCAUGCUGUUGACAGAAGUAUGCCGAGGAUGGAGGGAGGUUGCUGUGGGUAUACCCGGUUUAUGGCGCAGGCUGUAUAUGCAAGUCAACAACAGUGACUGGCAGGAGGUAGCUUUCUGCUACGACUCAUGGCUCAAGCGAUCACGAGGAUGUCGGCUCUCGUUACAACUCAACUGCGACGCAGAUGACUCGAUCAAGCUACGAAGCCUUGUUCAACCCUACAUCAAUCAAAUCACCUCUCUCUGUAUCUAUUUUUUCAGUGAUAUGGUCCAACCUGAACUUUUGUUAAUUAAUCUCCCAGCAUUUCAGGAGCUGAAGAUACGGAACUUCCAAGACUUUCCAUCAGUUCCACAAUACAUCUCGCGAAUGCCGUCCACUCUGCGCAGUCUUGAUGUUUCGGGGUUGUGGUUCAACCUUGAGCACUUAUCUUCUUUCGAUCCCGUAUGGGCCAACCUCACAAAUAUUGGGAUCGACAUAUAUCAACUGAAUGAAUUCCUCCACUUGCUCCAGCUAUGUCCCAACCUCUCCUCGUUAACGGUUUACGUUCGCCGUAGAUUUGACCGGACGAUGACCUUGGAGCCGUUCACGCACAGCGAAAUUCGAUACAUACGCUUCAGCUGA